UUUAACAGUUUGUUCAAACUAAAUUUAGAUGAAAAAUACAAGCUAGCCAUGGCUGAACAUUUCAAAGCACGCAAUUUGUUGCCAGUCACGGGGCGCAAAAACCUUGUGAAAAUGCGCGUAUAGGCAAGCUCUCUGCUGUUCCAGUCGGAUCGCUUUAUGUAGGAGGGUGCAAGAGCGUCGGGAAACCCGUCAGUCGCGGGGUGCAAUUGAAAUUUAAAUUAAAUUAAAAACCGGAAGAAAAAGAAUUUAAAACUGCAGUGAAUCAAGCGUUUCAUUUAAUUAUUUGUUCAUUUGAUUAUACAAAACUUUGAAAAGUUGUAAUGCAUUAUGAAUAUAUCUUACCUUAACUUAUGGCUGUCGAGAGUUGAGUAAUGAAAAUGUCGUCUUCAAUGUUCUUAGCAUUGAAAAAUCCCGGAAUAAAUUAACCAUUGGAUCGAUAUUUCCAGUGUACACAGUAAUCAGCUGGAAUAUAUAGAACAGAACAGAACUUAAUAGAACUAUAUACAUCAAACAUUUUUUCUUUCUUUGUAGUGUAUUUUACGUAAAAGUUAAAUAGUUAUAAGUUAUAAGAUAUAUUUUAGAGAAGACUUAACAAAUGUUUUUAUUUAUCUUUACAUUGCCUGAUACUUCUUUGUCAUAUUAAUAUGUUUACCAUCAAAAAACAUUAUUCAAUUAUUAGUUAGCCAUUUAAGUAUCCUUCUUGUUCACUCUGUACAAUGUACAAUAAUACAUAUAGUACGUAGAAUUGGUAUACAUAUAGUUACGCAUUACUUGCUGUACUUGCUUAUUUUAAUUUAUACAGGGUUACCCACAAAGGAAGAUACUUCAUAGACGACAUUUACUGGGUUUUGUCUGUUUACUAUCUCACAUUCAGGGUUCCCACAUAUGAAAUUAUUCAUUUUAUAAAAAUACAAGGUGUCCCACGAUACAUGACAGUUUGUGAAGAUUUACCAACUGUCAUGUUUCGUGGGACACCCUGUAUGAUGAAAAAGGCCAUUAAAUCCUGUUUUAGAAUUAUUAGGUUAAAUCUAAUACUCAAACCAUCGUUUUCACAAAGUUUCAGGUUUACUUAUAGUUCCAUUCUUUGUGGAUAACCCUGUAUUACAACAGAAAGAAUGUCAGCUGAAUCUGGUUCUGUUGAGACUUGUGGAAUAUGGAGAUCAGCUGAUAGAGGAGAUAUUAUUAGGGUAAAACAGCUGAUACAGCAGGGUUGUGAUGUGAAUAGUAGAAACUGUCUUGGAUGUGUUCCUCUCAUGUACGCUGCUGGGUCCGGUCAUCUACAGGUUGUAGAGUAUCUCCUGGAACAACCAGCUAUAUGUGUAAAUAUCAGGAACAAUGAUAGGCUUACCACCUUCAUGUUAGCAAUGCAGCUAGGAGGAGAUGCAGGUGGUUGGACUGGUGUUCAAGGGGGUGGAGGAGGAGGAGGACAAGAACACUUGAAGAAAUUGAUGGAUCUACCUUCAUUAACAGAUGCAGAUUGGGCUAGGAAUGAUAAGUGGACAGUAUUAAUGGAAGCAGCUAGUUUUGGCCAGGAAAAAAUAGUUGACCGUUUAUUGCAAGUUCCUGGUAUUGAAUUGGAUGCAAUAAAUAUCAGGGGUCAAACAGCUCAAGAAAUAGCAAUCAACAGAAACCAUCCCAUAGUGGGUGAAAAGAUAGAGCAUGCAAUCAAGAUUCGUGAUAAUCCCGCGGAGGUUGUGCAAAUCCGUGAACUUGAAAAUCAAGUUGAAGAUUUGAAGACAGAAGCAAGGAAACGUUUACUUCAUACAAUAGAUACAAGGUUUGAAUCUCUGUCAAAAACCAAGGAGAAACAUGAAGCAGAAAUGGAACCACUGACAAAAGAGAUUGACCGGCUUCAGCUUGCGCUAGAUCAGUCCAUGAAAAAACGGCUCGCCAUGAUUACAAGACAAGUGAGUGAAGUGAAGAGGCUUGAAGACGACCUGAAGAUCAGUAAACGACAACUAGAUAACUUCGACAGAAACACAUUUAUAUAUAUUUAUAUACAAAUAGUCCGUACCUGUCCUACCUGCCGAGUACCACUAGGACCUGCCAGCCUACUCAGGAAUAUACCGAUGGAGAAACUGGCUAAAACAUAUUUUGAAAGAUGUUCAGGGGCAACUGCAGGAUCAACUAGCUCUUUAUUGUCUCCACUCAGGGACUUCAGCAGACACUCUAGCAGGAGGAGUAGUGGGAGUGGAAGAACUAUAUCCCAAGGUACUCCCACCUGGGCUCAAGAUGAUUUAGAUUCUAGAAUAUUCGACUGGACUCAGUAGAACCAUAGAACAAUAAAACCAUAGAACAGUCUAUCAUUGAACAAUCUCCCAAAGAACCAUAUAAAGAAACAUCUUCCAUUAAAAUAAUUUUACAAUGAAUAGAAAUAUAAUCUCCCAAAAUAUAUCCCAAUAAGUAGAACCAUUUUCCAAGGAAUAGAACCAUCUCCCAAAGAACCAUCUCUCAAUAGAACCAAAUCCAAAGAGAACCAUAUCCCAAGAGAACCAUAUAUCAUAGAUCCAUCUCCCAAAAUAACCAUCUCCCAAUAGAACCAUCUCCCAUUAAAACAUUCUCCCAAUUAAUAAAACCAGCUCAUAAUAUAACCAUAUACCCAAAGGUUUCCUAAUAAUUAAAAACAUUUCCUAAAAGUACCAUCUCCUGAGAAAUAGAAUCAUCUCCCAAUAGAAAUAAACAAUGUCCUGAGAACUAGAACCAUUUUGCAAGGGUAUGAACAAUGUCUAUAAAGAGCAUUCUCUCGAAAGAACCAAAUCCCAAGGAAAAGAACCAUCUCUCAAGGAAAAGAACCAUUUCCCAAUAGAACCAUCUUCCAAGGAAGAGAACCAUCUCUCAAGGAAUAGAACCAUUUCCCAAUAGAACCAUUUCCCAAGGAAUAUAAACAUCUCCUAACGAAUAGAACCAUCUCUCAAGGAAUAGAGCCAUCUCCCAAGGAAUAGAACCAUCUCCCAAGGAAAAGAACCAUAUCUCAAGGAAUAGAACCAUUUCUCAAUAGAACCAUCUCCCAAGGAAGAGAACCAUCUCUCAAAGAAUAGAACUAUUUCCCAAUAGAACCAUCUCUUAAGGAAUAGAACCAUUUCUCAAUAGAACCAUCUCUCAAGGAAUAGAACCAUUUCCCAAUAGAACCAUUUCACAAGGAAUAGAGCCAUCUCCCAAGGAAUAGAACCAUCUCCCAAGGAAUAAAACCAUUUCCAAAUAGAACCAUCUCUCAAGGAACAUAAACAUCCCCCAUGGAAUAUAACCAUCUCCCAAGGAAUAGAAUAUAAACAUCUACCAAUGAAUAGAACCAUCUCUCAAGGAAUAGAACCAUCUCUCAAGGAAUAGAACCAUAUCUCAAGGAAUAGAACCAUUUCUCAAUAGAACCAUCUCCCAAGGAAUAAAACCAUUUCCAAAUAGAACCAUCUCUCAAGGAACAUAAACAUCCCCCAUGGAAUAUAACCAUCUCCCAAGGAAUAGAAUAUAAACAUCUACCAAUGAAUAGAACCAUCUCUCAAGGAAUAGAACCAUCUCUCAAGGAAUAGAACCAUAUCUCAAGGAAUAGAACCAUUUCUCAAUAGAACCAUCUCCCAAGGAAUAAAACCAUUUCCAAAUAGAACCAUCUCUCAAGGAACAUAAACAUCCCCCAUGGAAUAUAACCAUCUCCCAAGGAAUAGAAUAUAAACAUCUACCAAUGAAUAGAACCAUCUCUCAAGGAAUAGAACCAUCUCUCAAGGAAUAGAACCAUCUCCCAAGGAAUAAACCCAUCUCCAAAGGAAUAGAACCAUCUCCCAAUGAAUAAAACCAUCUCUAAUAGAACCAUCUCCCAUUAGAACUAUCUACCAAUAUAACUAUCUCCCAAUAGAAGCUUCUCCCAUUAGAGCCAUCUCCCACUUAAAAAUAUGUCACAAUAGAACGAUCUCCCAAUAGAACUAUCUCACAAAAAAUUAAAUCCCAAAAGAACCAUCUCCCAAUAGAGCCAUCUCCCAAUAGAACCAACUCCUAUUAGAACUAACUCACAAUAUAACUUUUUCCCAAUAGAACCAUCUCUCAAUAAAAAAAUCUCCCAAUAGAACCAUCUCCCAAUAGAACCAACUCCCAAUAGAAAUAUCUCCCAAUA